AUGCCUUUGUAUCGCUACGUGCAGAGACCCAAGCGUUUGGAUCGAAACACCCGCAUUUGGCUUGCCAAUGCUCGUCCUGGCGGUGAAAAGCCCAAGAGACUUGAACGGAGAUUGAGACGAAAACUAAAGUACACUCCUGCCUUUCCCCGUACAAAAAAAAGGUUUCCACUCCAUCCUCGAACCCGAGUCAACCUUUGCAUCGCCCAAAAAAGAGACAAGCAUUUCUUGUCCAACAUUUUCCAAACCCAUAUAGACUUUGGCUCCCCCUUCCGUUCUCCUUUACCCAUCACAUUAAAGCGCGUGGCAGUGUUCCCUAGGUACAGGACUUUACUUUGUCUCUUGCGAUCCUUUUGGGACCCCCUCGCCGCCAAAAUCCUCUCCGACUAUUUUCGAUCCUACGCUCGAAAGUUUCGAAUUAAACAUCGCGUCGCUACCCCUCAGCAGCAAGCUGAAAUUACAAACCAACUCAAGGAAUGGAUCAACUUGGUUGAGCGUGCAAAUAAGGGUGACCAGCGAUACAUUUUUGAAAUCUUAGCAAAGGUGUAUUCCCAAGACGGUCCCCUUCGACAACGACGACUCCAAUAUCUACAAAAUGCCGGGCCUCCUCUUCCUCCCCAAGACCAUCUUCCCUCCCAUAUUGAUCCUUUCAAGCUGCCCUACAUUUCUCCGCUGUUGCAAAUCGUCUUUCAACUAAAUAAAAAUCACGAUGUCAUCACCAAAACCCCUGCUGAACAUUUCCAGGCCCACUUUGAAAAGUACACAUACCAAGCAAAGACGGCUAUCAAGGCAUGUCACAAAUCCUACAACCACGUUCUGCCUCGUAUCGCCCUCCCCCUCCUCCCUCACGAACACGCCCAUUUGCAUCAGUUAAUGUUCGACGCUUGGACGCGCAAUCCCUCGGUGUUUUCUAAUUAUUAUGUUGCUAAUUUUCACGAAAAACGAAAACGCACCGUUUACCGAAGAAUCCAGAGGUGUAUCCUUCACUUUUUGGCAUCCGUAUGCUAUUUUCCCUAUAAACCAAGCCCUGUUGCCGAGCCCAUGGUCCUUUGGGAAAGCUUAGACGAUAUUAAACUCAAGUUCAGACUGAAACAAUUGUUGCCCAGGGACCGAGAUCCUCCUUCUUCCCCCAUUGACUCUUUACUUGAUGGGUGA